UGAAAGUCUGAAACCAAAAGAAAUAAAAGAAAUAGAGAGAUCUUUAUACUUUCUAUUUAAACCAGUUCUAUUGUCGCUCUCAUUCCACUUCUGCUUUGAGCUUUCAACGGAACAACAAGAUCCUCAAGUGUUUCCCUCAUGAUAUAAGUCUAAUCGCAGGUAGAAGAAAAAGUGAGAAUUGUAUGAUCUGUAUUCUGUAAUUGAAAGUUAAAUAGAAAAUGGGGUGUGCUGUUUCGAGGAUGGAUCAAGAAGAGAGGGUUCGCCUGUGUAAGGAGCGAAAGAGGUUGAUGAGAGAAUUGGUUGGGUAUAGAGAGGAAUUUGCGAACUCCCAAUUAUCAUAUUUGAAGGCAUUAAAGAACACUGGGGUGACUCUUAGACAGUUUACUGAUUCGGACACAUUGGAGCUUGAAACCAUCUCCUGCGAAGACCACAUUGACUCUUCUCCGUUGCCUCCGCCGCCACCCCCACCCCCACCUUUUAGCCCUGAUUCAAGAAAGAAUGGUGAUAAUUGGGAAGAGAGCGAAGAGAUGGAGAGCAGCCAAUCUGGAGAUAUAUUUGAUGAUAGCUCAUCAAUGAUGAACUGGUUUAAUAAAGACUCUUCUACAGAUGUGGCCGUGGAAGCUUUGAAAAUCAGAAAGACACUUGAGGGAAUUAUGCAGGAUUUAAAUGACUAUUUGUUGAAAGCAUCAGCUGGUGCAACAGAAAUAGCAGUUUUUACUGACAUCAACAUUGGGGACAGUGCCGUUCCUUUGAAAAUUAAGGAGAACAAGGGGAAGAGGAGCAGGUCUUCUAAGGCCCUUCCAGUUGGUAGAGAUUCUGCUCAGUGUGGAUCUAAUGAGCCAUGCAAGCCUGGCGCUCAUUGCGUAACCCUUGAUAAGCUUUAUGUUGCAGAACAGAAUCAUUUCAAGGAUUUGGAGCUUGAAAGGAAACUGGCGGGACUGCAGAAUCAAGACGAAAACAGUUUAGAGACUUACAAUGGGCUCCAAGAAUCAAUAACCACAAUCUCUUCAUCUAUUUUGGAGGUUAUUGAUGAAGAGUUGUACCCCCAAUUGAUUGCAUUAACUUCAGGGUUAAUGGAAAUAUGGAAAAUGAUGUACAAAUGUCACGAUUUGUUUUGAGAGUAUGCUUAAAAUUAUUUCC